GCUACGUUUCUAUGUGUGUUCAGACGUGUUCGCUUGCGCAUACCGUGCCCGAAUUCGGUCCAGGUUGCAGCCAUUGAAGUCAAGAUUUUGUGCAUGUGCGCGUGAUCAUCAUUUGUCGACAUCAUCCCAGCCAUGCCGACGUUCGUCAAGCUCUUCCACACCACAGCCAAUUAUGGCAAAGUUAUACCAGUGCCGACACGCUCGAAUGAUCCGGACAUUGGUGUGCCGGCAUUGUGGGCCAUGGUGGUUCCGCACGGUGAUAGGUCGAUGCGGAAAGGCAAGGGGAAAGGUACGAAGGCGUCCCUGUCUGAACCUUGUUGCAAGCAUCACCUUCGCACAGUGUCUCUUCCGCAGGCGCAGUUUAUUGAUUGGGCUGGCGAAGACAGAGAAUCUGAGUGGAGCCUUUUCUUCGUUGGCGAGCGGCCUGGCGACAACAGUUAGCACACGUUUUUCAAAUACGUGUUGUUUUGCACCUCUGACGGCAGCUCUCCGUUGAAGACUUGCAAAGAUUGGAAGAAAUACCGAGAGGCAUUCUCGGGGGUGAAAUCACGGGAGCUGUUCAGGAAUUUGGGACAGUUGUGGGACGAGUGGGACUUUGGCAGUGGCAAGUUUGGCAAGACCAACCAUUUCCACAUUGGAAUAUUGGGCACCACCGCCUUCAGCCAGUACAUGGAAGAGAACGAGGUGGAGUGGCGGCAAUUACGGCCCGACUUGCCAACAAUACAUGGCCAGAACGAUGGCGAGGGCGAAGGUCAUUCGGAGUCUGAGUCUCUGACGGAAAGCGAGAUCUUCCGGCACUUUGCCUUCGAGAACGAUGAAAAUGACGAAGGGGGCAGCGCUUGGUCCAACGUGAAGCCCAAGCACAAGGCGUUGGACGGGUGCUUGCCAUUCUGUUUCGAGGCAAGUCGGAACAUUUUCCCCGACUACGAUGGCGUGUUCCGCCAUUAUUGCCGUGCGGAGGCCGUGUGGCAAUGCCGCCGCAAGACUUGCACACGAAACCCCACAGCCGGCGCUGCCACAGCGCAUUCGCGCAACAAGAAAGAUCAAGACGAGGAUGCGGGCGACAAUGAGCCGCGCACGUCGUGGCGCAGUGCUUGCUGCUGGUACCACGAGCAUCUCAAGCACAAGGAGACACAGGGGUUGCGCAAGGGCUUCGAGCGGUAGUAUUGCGGCGAGUGCUGGAAGAACAGCCGCGACUGGGUGGAGGGUCAGAUCUGUAAGUUUUUCAAGCCCGGCACUUUCGCCUUGGACGACGAGGGUGGUAGCAAGCGUGGGUAUCACAACCCAGAGAUCUGCGAGGUCUGUCAGCGCCUCAAGGACAAAGGCUUCGACGAUAGUUGCAAGAAGUUCAGCUUGUACCUAGCCAAGGGCAAGGUGAAGGUGGAACCCGGUGCGACGGGCUGGGCCUGGGCCUAGAGCUUCAGGCGUGCCCCUUAGGAUGGCGGUGCGAAGGCGCCCCCCGAUAGAGAUAUCGCCUUCGACGGUGUAUCGACCCGUUUGUGGUCGUAGGUAUGGUGGCAAUGGCAGUGCAAGUGGUAGCGCGAGUGGUAGUGCGCGGGGAAAUGGUAAUGCAAGUUCUAGCGGUUGUGCUAGUGGUAGUGCUA